UGAGAGAAAUAAUACUUUAAAGAUGAUCAUCCUACCACAAAAAAUUUUGAAACUGAUCAACGAUAGCAUCACAUUUUCUUCGAUUUGCAGAACAAUUCCAUUCCGAAGGGUCAAGGACGGAAAUAAUUCAACAAUUUACAAAACAUAUAUUCGUACACCUUCUCUUAAAUCUGGCGCUCCGAUUAGGAUGUUAACGUGCUGGAUAGUUUUGCUCUUUCAAGUUUUUGCUGGAUCUUUCUCAACCUACCGCUUGAUUUGGGCAAUCUUCUUUCUUGGAGGGUUUGAACACGUUCCGGUUCUUGAUAUGGGAUAUGUCGCCUAUGGAUCCUUUGGUUUUGGAAUUGGUGCCAUUUUUCUAGUCUCCAUUUGGUGGAAACAUAACGAAUACUUGGCCUUUCUCAAUUUACUGGUCAAAACCCCCGCCAAAAAUGACAAAGGAAUAGACGACACUUUCUCUAAAAUGAUUCCCUGGAUAGUUCCUGCAGCUUAUUCGCAAUGUAUGUGCAAUAGCAUUCUCUUUAUUAAGAGGAGUAACGGGGUUCAGUACUUCUGGGGAAUUUUGAACCCGGCGUGGCAAACCGAUACCAUUUUUGUGUUGAGUGCGUUGUACGAGUUUGUUACGGCUUUGAAUUCCUGGAAUAGCGCACUUUUCGUUUUCUUUACAUACUCCUGUUACACGCAUUAUCUUGGAGUGUAUUUAAAGAAAUUGGGGUAA